GAGGAAGAGGAGGAGCUCCUGCUGAGGAAGAGGAGGCGUCCGGUCCGUCCGUGUCCAGAGGAGAGGAGCGGCCGCCAUGUUAACCAAGAAGCCCGGAGCCUCGGUCCUUCCGACGGGCAAAGUGGGCGAGCCAGUGUACUCUCCUGGUCACAGCGGCUCUCAGACAACAUCGCCCGUCACCCUGCCACCGCUUCGAAAUAACAACCACCACCCCCUCGCGGGUGGGUCUAAAGCUGCCAUGUCAGACGCUGUCCAGUCAUCACAGUCGCAAGGCCACACCACCCAGCUGUGCGAGGAGAACACCAACAAGCGCCAAGUCCUUAACUCCCAGCCCAACGGCCUGGCUCCGCUCAGCUCCUCCCGACCGGGUCUGCCACUGCCAGACCGGCAGACCUCUGCCUCUGAACCAGCCCAACACUGCCGGCAGGGCAGUGCCACCUCCAACAAGUCAAUGGACAGCAAGCCAAAGGUCAACUCCAUGUCCCCAGAACUAGCCAUGAAGCAGUUCAUGUCCAAAAUGUCGUCGUUUGAACACCAUGAGGUGUUCACCUUUCCUGAGAUCUUUUUUGUUGGUCCAAAUGCUAAGAAGAGAUCAGGUGUCAUGGGUGGCGCAAACAACGGCGGCUAUGAUGAUGAUCAAGGAUCCUACAUCCAAGUCCCACAUGACCACAUCGCCUACCGCUAUGAAGUUCUAAAGGUCAUCGGAAAAGGCAGCUUUGGACAGGUGGUGAAGGCUUUCGACCACAAGUUGCAGACCCAUGUGGCUCUUAAGAUGGUCCGCAAUGAGAAGCGCUUUCACCGACAGGCAGCAGAGGAGAUCCGUAUCCUGGAGCACCUGAGAAAGCAGGACAAGGACUCAAGUAUGAACGUCAUCCACAUGCUAGAGAACUUCACCUUUAGAAACCACAUCUGCAUGACCUUCGAGCUGCUCAGCAUGAACCUGUAUGAGCUCAUCAAGAAGAACAAGUUUCAGGGCUUCAGCCUCCCGCUGGUCAGGAAGUUCGCCCACUCCAUCCUUCAGUGUCUGGACUUGUUGCACAAGAACCGCAUCAUCCACUGCGACCUCAAGCCCGAAAACAUUUUACUUAAGCAGCAGGGACGCAGCGGAAUCAAGGUUAUAGACUUUGGUUCCAGCUGUUAUGAACAUCAGCGAGUUUACACCUACAUUCAGUCCAGGUUUUACCGAGCACCAGAGGUCAUUCUGGGCUCCAGGUAUGGGAUGCCUAUCGACAUGUGGUCUCUGGGUUGCAUCCUCGCUGAGCUGCUGACCGGUUAUCCACUGCUGCCGGGUGAAGAUGAAGCUGACCAGUUGGCCUGCAUUAUCGAACUACUUGGCAUGCCCAGCCAGAAGCUCCUUGACGCCUCCAAGAGAUCCAAGAACUUUGUGUCGUCCAAAGGAUACCCACGUUACUGCACCGUCACCACCCUACCAGAUGGCACCACUGUGCUGAACAGUGGCCGAUCUCGACGAGGGAAGGUAAGAGGUCCACCGGGGAGCAAAGACUGGAACGCAGCACUAAAAGGCUGCGAUGAUGCACUGUUUCUGGACUUCCUCAAACAGUGUCUAGAGUGGGACUCAGCACUCAGGAUGACACCCAGCCAGGCAUUGCGCCACCCAUGGCUGAGGAGGCGCCUUCCCAAACCUCCAAUGGGAACUACCACAAGUGACAAGACUUCCUCAUCUAAGCGGGGCACCACCACAACCGAUGGCACCAUCACCGCCAUCUCAAAGCUUGCCACCUCUUCGACCACCACAUCUUCCUCCUCCAAAACCAGGACUAACUUAGCGGCGAUCACUGAUGCCAAUGGGAACAUCCAACCUAGGACAGUUCUGCCCAAACUGGUCAGCUGAGAGUGGAUACACGUCGCUUGCCAUGGUAAAAGAUAAAAUGUUUGCCUACAAAGAGGCAGACUCAAACAACUGGAACAGAAUUAAACUGGUUUGUCCAGUUUGAGGAGUGUUUUUGUUUCACGCUGGAAAUCUACAUUGUAGGUUUUGUGUGUCUGGAAUGGCCAGGUUGAGAUGUCACCUAAAAGACAAUGGACUGGGGUGCGUUCAGACUCCUCAAAUUUACAGUCCUACCUGAACAAAAGUUUUUUUAUGUAGUGAGCAGCAAGACAGGAAAUGACCACAUUAAAUUGAUUGUGGUGCUGCUCAGACAAUCACACCACUUUGUAGCUCCACCAACAUCACAAACAUGGUGCUCACGAUGGGAACAAGCCUUUUUUAUGUUUUUAGCACAAACUCUAUUUAGCUGAGUCAACAUUUGGUCAAUCGAUGAGACACCAAAAACUUUUUAAAAUCUGCAGUCACUCAUACAGCAUUAUGUAUUACGUUUAUACUAUGUGGUGAGCUAACAACAUCAUGUCCUUGUAUUAUCAAGGUGGUGGCCAAUGUUUAACUUGUUAGUCCUUCCGUUUCAUAUCAGUAUGAAAUAACUGAUAUAGUGUUUGCAAUUCUUUUGACAAAAAUAUGAGUUCCUGUGCAGUCAUCCUCACCGUGAGCUGUCCAACAUUAUUAGAUAUUCAACAUUUGCAUUGUGCCUGUGACCUAACUAACAGUAAAGCGUAACUGGGUAGUUGUUUGACAGCUAUUAGUUUGUAGGUGCCACAUUGCUACCUCUUUACAGAUUUUAACUGGCUAGCGGUUACCUUUGCAAACUUUAAAUCUGUCAACUAGCUACAGUUAGCUCACAGUUUGCCUUUUUUGGCAGUUUGGUGGCUAGCCUUAGCCAUUUUUAGCCAUAGCAUAUUAGCUCUCCACUGCCCAGCCUUACAAAGCAUUGACAGAAUGACAAACAGUUUUACCUCUUAAUGUUCAGAGUUUUUAGGCAUUUUAAGUUUUCAGACGGUUAGAAGAGAGUAAAAGGGUAAUGAAGCAGAAAAAGACCUGACAAUAAGUACAGGUGUACUGGCACUAUUUUGUUUUAUUCUUAAUUUAAUUAUUAAGGACACAAAAUGGCUGCUGAAAGAGCUGUGAAGAGAGAGGUGAAAGUAGAAAGAGGGUGUUUAUGGUCAUGUUGUGGAUAAUUUUCACCUCAAAGGGCUCUGAGAUUAAAUAUAGUAAAGAUCAAAACCAAAGUCUUGUUCAGUAGAAAAGUUAGGUGAGGUUCAAAACUAGAGAAAUGGCAUAUUUUGUUUAUUUAAAAUUCAUAUUUGGCUAAAAAUAAAAAAGACAAGAUCAAAUACAUGUGGUGUCCACAGAUUAGUGUUAGAUUAAUGUUACUGCAUAAGUAAAAUAAGAUAAAUAAGAUCUUCUGAAUAUAUGUAACAUUUGCAUACUUGUUUUGCCAAGAAUUUCUUAUUGGCAAAUUUCUCAUUAGCGUGCUAAACAAAACUUUCAGAUGACACCAAAAUAUCAACGAGCAGUACUUGCUUGGACGACUGUUAAAUCCUGAGAAAAUGUCUGCUGUUUAAUUCAGAGCCAGUGUAUCUAAAGUAAUAAUUAAAUUUUAUGACAGUUUUAAAACUUUUAUAUAACUUGGUUUGAGCAGCAGGAGCGAUAGGGUAAUUUCACAUAAACAUUGUACCCAAAAGCAUGUGCAGUCAGUUAAAUUUAGGACUUCAGAAUAUAACUCUGCCUUACUGUGUUAUUAACCAGUUGUUUAUAUGGAAUUCUGGAUUCAACAUAUUGUAAGCAACGCAACAGUGAGCAAAGAUUUAAAUCGAACCCCUGUCGUUCUUCAGGCUUUAACCCAUUAGGGUUAAACAACAAACUGCAAUAAGAAAAGCAGCAAAUCAGUUAAACUGAUACUAUACCCAUUAAAGUUCAGUACUGUGUUUGGGGAGGGGAGAAUAGUGUUAGCAGAUGCUUGUUAUUUAUUUACUACACUUUAAUAUUUAUUAAUCUAAUCUACAUAUUUACUAUGAUGUGCAGAUCCUACCAUGUACUUGAAUGUGUGUUGUGGGUGUAUGUAGCUGUGUGUGUGUGUGCGCGCGUGUGCGCGCGCACAGUGCUGACAUUAAGAGAUUUUCUUUUCUUUAAGCUUGUUCCCUCAUACAGACACAAACAUUGAUAUAAACACACAGCUGUAUCUGAACGCACUCUGAAUAUUAAGUCAUAGAUAAACGAGGAGGAGGAUCCCAGGGUCGGGUGUGUGCACCGUUGGCCUGGCAAACGUUUGUAAUGUAGCAUGUGAGAAACGGAGGACGAUGAUGCACAGAAGAAGAGACCGAUCAAGUUAAAAACACAGACACUACCUGCACCGCUCAUCUCAGGGGAAGUUCUGCACCCCCUCCCCCGAAUGAGGAAGAGGGAAAAAAAGCGUAUGGAGGGGGCAGUCCUCUUUGAUGUUUAUGUUUGUUUUCUAAAGAUUUGAUUGGUUGCUGGAUUGUUUUUUAAUUUUCUAUGUUUUUUUAGUGAGAUAGAGUGCUGAGAGUCGUAACUUUGUGCCUUCAGGAUCUCAUCGACAUGUAACACUCUACCCACAGACGCGCACACACACGUCUCUGUUGGCAACAAUCACUAGGAUGCUGUCAUAAAAAGCUAUGAAUGGAUUUUGGCAUUCAGACUCCAGCCUGCUGAUCAGCUCAAAUUGUUUGAGUAAAACCCAGGGUCUCCUGUGAUCUUUAAUCCUUUGCUUCCCUAAUGUCUGACAAAGUUUGAUCGUAGAGUAACAGUAUUUGGCUAUUAGAAAACUUGUCAACCCUUUUCAGAUUUGUGCUGAUGGAGUAUGAAUUGAGAAGCCAUGGUAGAAAGUGUGUAGUUGAGGCUGGAGCUACACUUACAGUGUUUUGCUUUGGCAUCUUUAUUGACAGGAGGUUGGAUGUCCUAAGUAGAGCUUUAAAGUAUGACAGUAGAUAUAUAGAAGGCUAUUCCAGGCAAGGAACAAACUCAAAUAGAGAAGCAACUGAAGAAAUGUUGACACGACAAAUUUAAAUUUUAGUUUAAAAAAAAUUAAACAGUCUGGUGAUUUUGAGUUCAACAGAGGGAAUCAUAAUUAUCAUACAUUAUCUCAGUAUGUCUAAACAGUUGUUGUUUGUCCCAUCAACUAAUGAAUCUGUUUUUAUUUUGCCCAGGAAAGAUGGGCUGCUGUAUCAUUGAUUCGUUGGCCCACACGCCAAGCUCGGCUGGGUUAAAAGUAAACCAAUUAGUGCUGACAGUCAGUGUUGUGUGCGUCUGUUGGUGUGUGUAAGGUUGCAUAAGAUGGCUGCACAAUGUACAGACACAUAUCAGCCAAAUGUUGCCACUUGUCACCUCGGUACAAACAGGUGAUACAUGUUGGUGACGGGGCUAAGCUAACACUAGCCGAUUGACUGCUAGCAUCUAGCUGCUAGCUGCUGCACUGAUGUUUGUUUUGUCUACACUUAUGCUAACACUAGCCUACAACUAAGAGUUGGCUGGUAGCACUUGCGUCUGCUAGCUACAGUUGCAUUGAGCUCCUCAGAGGUGCUUAUACAUGUUGUUAGCAUUAAUGUAGUUUUAUAGCAUUCUUUUUUCACGUUGGUACCUCAGAUUGUGCAGUUAUUAUGAUUAUUACUGUUGUCAUUUGUUGUGACUAACAUCCAGGGCAUUUGGUUGAAUCUACCAAAGUGCAUUCCUUUACCAAGUCAGCUAAGAACUAGCUGUUCAAAAAGACAAAAAGGUUAAUAGUAAGAGAAGCAGCAAUCACCUAUCUGACAAUGUGGAGUAAAAUACACUGUUGUUCUGUUUUGUUCAGUAUCAGGCUGCAAUCACACAUGAAGAUGAAGGUUGAUCCAAAUAACCUGGUGGUAGCAUUCAGAAAAACAUUGUGAAAGCAGCUGUAGCUCAGCUAACCCGCUAGCUCAUAACCCUGCUAGACGGUUACCCUGCUAGCUUGUAAGCCAUUUAGCCUCUGUUGGAAGGAUUAUGCAGAAAGGUUAAAGGUUAGCCAGCUUUAGACUGAAGCGGCGCUGUUUUUAUGUGACGUUUGCCAGCCUGGUUUUAAUGUGGAUUUUAUUUGUAAAUAAAGUGGAAAAUGUUUGAAUAAUACAUUUUUGGGUAUUAAUGCGCUGCUGUGCCACAUUGUGGCCAGUUUUACAACGUACUGUAUCUACUGUACAGAACACAGGAGUCGACACUUUUCUAGUGAGCCUUUGUUAAAUUUAUUGUGGUGGAAAUUAUUAUUAAUAAAAGUUUUAUUGUUCAUCUUUA